AUGCCGGCUCUCUGUGGCGGGACGAAGACGGUGCAGCGCAAGCUGGUAUUGCUAGGCGACGGUGCAUGCGGAAAGACAUCACUACUGAAUGUCUUCACGCGAGGAUACUUCCCAACAGUAUACGAACCGACAGUAUUCGAGAACUACGUCCACGAUAUCUUCAUCGAUAACGUCCAUGUCGAACUAUCGCUAUGGGACACAGCUGGACAAGAAGAAUUCGACCGACUGCGAUCGCUCUCCUACGAUGACACACACGCCAUCAUGCUCUGCUUCAGCGUCGAUUCGCCCGACUCGCUCGAGAACGUGGAAAGCAAAUGGGUCGGCGAGAUUGCAGAGAACUGCCCGGGGGUGAAGCUGGUGCUCGUGGCGCUAAAGUGCGAUCUGAGAGAACAAGGACAGGAUGAGGACGACGGAGUAGCGAAUGAGCCGAAACGGAACAUGAUCGAUUACAAGCAGGGUCUGGCGAUAGCGGAGAGGAUCAAGGCGUUGAGAUAUCUGGAAUGCUCCGCCAUGAAAAACCGCGGCGUCAACGAAGCCUUCACCGAAGCCGCACGCGUGGCAUUACAAGUCAAGAACGUCAAAGGCGACAAAUCCAGCGAUGGCUGCGGCUGCAAUGUCAUGUAA